AUGAAGUUUCGCAGUGGGAUGUGGCUACCCAUAGAGGGUAAGAGGCUAGAAUAUGCAGAAGACGUGUAUAGCAUCACAAAGCAGCCAAGCGGACGUGCUCUGUCUUUGCUAUGCCCUACAAAGCACGUCCGCAGUCGUGGAGAUACCCUAAAUCUGCCCACAGUGACCAUUGACAUUGAGGCCGUCUUUGAUGGCGUGCUCUCUGUUGAGGUCACUCACUGGUCCGGAGCUGUGAACAGAGGGCCUCACUUUGAGCUAUUUCCUGAGGGGAAGCCUCAAGGUGACGCCAGCAUUUCUGCCUCUGAAAAAGGGACAACCAUCGCAUCGGGUUCUGUGAGCGCCACAAUCCAUCCAGACCAGCACACGUUCGACAUUCGUUUUCACGCGACAGAUGGAUCCAAGCAACUCACCUCAUUGCUGAAUCGCAGUGUAGGGUUCGCCUACGGUCCGGCACCCAGCAGCCCUGUGCAGCUUGACGAUAUGAGAAAUUUCGAUCAUUAUAUUUUCACGCAGACGACGCUAAGCGUGGGCGAGACGGUACACGGACUUGGAGAACGGUUUGGCGCCUUCAACAAGGUUGGCCAGAGCGUGAUACUGUGGAAUAACGACGGCGGUACGUCCUCUGAACAGGCGUACAAGAAUGUACCGUUCUGGUUGAGUAGCCGGGGUUAUGGCGUCUUCAUCGACACUCCAGACGAGAUUGAACUCGAGGUGGGAAGCGAGCGGCUAUGUCGUGUACAAACAAGCGUAAAGGGCCAACGACUCAAAUGGUACUUGAUCUAUGGGCCAUCACCAAAAGAGGUCCUUCACAAAUAUACCACAUUGACUGGCAGGGCGGGGAGGGUACCCAGUUGGAGCUUCGGCCUGUGGCUUUCCACGUCGUUCACGACAAGCUACGAUGAGAAAACUGUAAGCUCAUUCCUCGACGGCAUGGCAGCCCGCGACAUCCCGGUCGAAGUCUUUCACUACGAUUGCUUCUGGUUGAAAGCCUUCCACUGGUGCGACUUUAUCUUCGAUGGGGACUCCUUUCCUGAUCCCAAAGGCAUGAUAACCCGCCUGACGUCCAGCGGUCUGGUUAAGAAGGUCUGCGUCUGGACCAAUCCAUAUCUUGGCCAGGCAUCGCCCGUGUUCAAGAUGGCAGCAAAGAAAGGAUACUUGUUGAAGCGGAAGAACGGAGACAUUUGGCAGACAGAUCUUUGGCAAGCAGGAAUGGGCCUCGUCGACUUUACCAACCCCGAAGCCACCAAGUGGUUCGUCAGCUGCAUGGAGACUCUAUUCGACACAGGCGUCUCCGCCAUCAAAACGGACUUUGGAGAGAGGAUCCCCGUCGACGACGUUGCGUGGUUUGACACAAAUGUGGACCCGGCUAGAAUGCACAACUACUACUCCUUCAUCUAUAACAAGGCCGUUUACGAGGCUCUGCAGAAGCGCUACGGCAAGAGUGAAGCUGUUGUGUUUGCCAGAGCUUCAACGGCAGGCUGUCAGCGUUUUCCCUUACAAUGGGGAGGAGACUGCGAAUCCACUGCAGAGGCAAUGGCAGAAUCACUUAGGGGAGGGCUGUCCCUUGGCCUAUGCGGAUUCUCUUUCUGGAGUGUAGAUAUUGGUGGUUUUGAAGGCUACCCUUCGCCGUGGAUAUACAAGCGAUGGGUUGCUUUUGGGCUUCUAACUUCUCACAGUCGUCUUCAUGGGAGCAACAGCUACCGUGUUCCUUGGACUAUUGACAAUGACGAUCAGGGAGACCAGAGCUGCACAAAAACAUUGGCAAGGUGGACCGCGCUUAAGGCUCGUCUAAUGCCUUACUUAUACGCACAAGCCGCGGAAGCCACUGCUGGAGGCCUGCCACUCAGCGUUCGUGCCAUGUGCUUGGAGUUUCCCGAAGAUCAAACAUCCUGGUAUCUCGACCGCCAAUUUAUGCUUGGAUCCAGACUACUGGUAGCUCCAGUCUUUGAGGAAUCAGGAGAGGUAGAGUUCUAUUUACCUAAGGGCCUCUGGACCAACUUUUAUACUGGGGAAGUGAAAGCUGGACCUGGCUGGAUGAAAGAAACACACAACUUCGACACAUUGCCACUCUAUGUCCGCGAAAACACAGUCUUGGUUUUGGGAAAAGAAGGUGAAAGACGGACGGUUUAUAAUUAUCUCGAGGAUGUUGAAGUUCGCCUCUACCAUACCACUGCAGGAGCUAAGGCACAGCUGGUGGAUAGUGACGGCAACGAGAGAGGCACGCUGCAAAUUGACGCGAAUAACGCCGUUGUUGGGAAAGAACUUCUUCAAGGGAAUUCGAAGAUCCAGGUUAUAUCUAAUGACCAAAGAUGA